CAAUCCUUUCACAUCAUCAACAUAAUACAAGUUUCAUCCGUUUUGAUUUGCUUAUUACGCCAAUCUUGCACAAUCCUCUGAUGGGUAGGCCUUAAUUUCCUUCUGUAAAUCUUCUAACACAAACAAAAAACCCCAUUAGAGAGAGAGAGAGAGAGAGAGAGAGAGAGAGAGAAAAUGGUCCAUUCCACUGUCCAUCAAUCGGCCGUCUUCCUGGACGCUUCGUUUGUGUGGGACUGUUUUUGUAACUGUCAUCAGCUCACGUGAUCUUCUUUCUUUUUCAUUCCCCCAUUUCUGAUUCCCCUUUUUUCUUCAAUUUUGGACGCCAUUGUAGUUUUGGACGCCAUUGUAGUUGAGCUUCUGUUUGUUUGUGUGCAUUCUUCUCUUCUUUGAAGAACAGAGUCUUAACAGGGAAUACAGAUGAGGGUUUUUUUUUGAUUUUGCUUGAAGAUCGAGAUAAAGAAGCUAUGGAUCUUGAGCAUGGGAAGUGUUGGGAUAGUUCAAAGAAGGAUUCUUGGAAAACGGUUCUUGUAUUGGCUUAUCAAAGCCUUGGUGUUGUCUAUGGCGAUUUGAGCAUCUCUCCUCUUUACGUUUACAGAAGCACUUUUGCUGAAGAUAUCCAACAUUCAGAUACUAAUGAAGAAAUCUAUGGUGUUCUUUCAUUUGUAUUCUGGACUCUCACUAUAGUCCCUCUUUUCAAAUACGUCUUUAUAGUUCUUAGAGCUGAUGACAAUGGGGAAGGUGGGACUUUUGCUCUAUACUCGUUAAUUUGUAGACAUGCCAAAGUAAGUCUUCUCCCCAAUAGACAAGUUGCAGAUGAAGCUCUUUCCACUUACUUGCUGGAACAUCCACCAGAGAAGAAGAAGCAAUCUAAGGUUAAAUUGCUGCUGGAGAAACACAGGGCUCUUCAUACUGCUUUGUUGAUUCUUGUUCUUCUAGGGACUUGUAUGGUGAUUGGAGAUGGGCUUCUCACCCCUGCCAUUUCUGUUUUCUCAGCAGUUUCUGGACUUGAGUUAUCCAUGUCCAAGGCUCACCAUCAGUACGCAGUGGUACCAAUCACUUGCUUUAUCUUGGUUUGUCUAUUUGCACUUCAACAUUACGGCACACAUCGAGUCGGCUUCGUCUUUGCUCCCAUUGUAUUGACAUGGCUACUCUGCAUCAGUACCCUUGGCAUAUACAAUAUUAUACACUGGAAUCCUCAUGUUUAUCAGGCUCUUUCUCCAUAUUACAUGUUCAAGUUUUUGGAGAAGACAAGGAAGAGCGGUUGGAUGUCGUUGGGGGGUAUAUUGUUGUGCAUAACAGGCUCAGAAGCAAUGUUUGCUGAUCUUGGUCACUUCUCAUACACAGCAAUACAGAUUGCUUUCACUUUUCUGGUGUAUCCAGCGCUUAUAUUGGCAUACAUGGGCCAAGCUGCUUACUUAUCACAACAUCACCAUACCACCAAAAGCAUUGGCUUCUAUGUUUCUGUUCCAGAGAGCGUGAGAUGGCCAGUGCUUACAAUUGCUAUACUUGCGUCGGUAGUUGGAAGCCAAGCAAUCAUCAGCGGAACAUUCUCCAUUAUUAACCAGAGCCAGUCCCUUGGGUGCUUUCCUAGAGUGAAGGUUGUUCAUACCUCUGAUAAGAUCCAUGGUCAGAUAUACAUUCCAGAGAUAAAUUGGAUUCUUAUGAUUCUCUGUGUCGCUGUUACCAUUGGAUUUAGAGAUAUAAAACACCUCGGAAAUGCAUCAGGUCUGGCUGUAAUGACUGUGAUGCUUGUGACAACCUGCCUUACAUCUUUGGUGAUUGUCCUUUGUUGGAACAAAUCUCCACUUUUGGCUCUCUCCUUUUUUAUCUUCUUUGGGUCUGUUGAAUUGCUCUACUUCUCAGCUUCACUCACCAAGUUCAGGGAGGGGGCUUGGCUCCCCAUUCUUUUAGCUCUCUUCCUCAUGACCAUUAUGUUUGUUUGGCACUAUGCAACCAUCAAAAAGUACGAAUUUGAUCUUCACAACAAAGUUUCAUUAGAAUGGUUACUAGCAUUGGGGCCAAGCCUUGGGAUUGCUCGUGUCCCCGGCAUUGGAUUAGUUUUCACUGAUCUCACCUCUGGCAUCCCUGCCAACUUCUCCCGGUUUGUCACCAACCUCCCGGCAUUUCAUCGCAUUCUUGUCUUUGUAUGUAUAAAGUCGGUACCAGUUCCUUUCGUACCUCCAGCUGAGCGAUAUCUCGUCGGAAGAGUUGGCCCAGCUACACAUCGAUCGUACAGGUGCAUCGUUCGGUAUGGCUACCGGGAUGUUCACCAAGAUGUGGACUCAUUUGAAUCUGAAUUAAUCAAGAAACUUGCAGACUUCAUCCGUUAUGAUUGGUUUAGAAAGCAAAGAGGCAACUCUUGCAGUGAGGAUGAUGCAUCCCGUUCAAAUGAAUCGACAAGCGAGUGCAGACUGGCUGUGAUUGGAACCAUAGCAUUUGCAGGGGCCACUGCUUAUGAAGAGACUGUGCAGCCUGCCAGCGUAUCGGUCGGGUUCCAGACUGUUGACAGUAUUGCUGAUGUGAUCGAAAUGGAGCCACUGGGAGAAGAAAGAAGAGUCAGGUUUGCCAUAGAUAAUGAGUUCGAAAGUGGCUCACAAGCUGAAACAGAAGCCCUUCUGCAAGAAGAGCUAGAAGAUCUUGUAACAGCCCAGCAGUCUGGGACAGCAUUCAUUCUCGGGCAUUCGCACGUCCGGGCGAAGCAAGGGUCAUCUCUGUUGAAGAGGCUGGCCAUUAACUACGGCUACAACUUCCUGAGAAGGAAUUGUAGAGGAGCAGAUGUUGCUCUUAAGGUGCCACCAGUGUCUCUUCUUGAAGUUGGUAUGGUUUAUGUUGUAUAAGCCUCAACUGAUUAUUCUGUUCUCUCUCUCUCUCUGCUCUUAUGUAAAGAUGCUGCUGCCCUGAAUGAAAGCUAAAAUAUUCCAUGUAACUCUCCUACAAACCCAGAAGAAUUAUCUUCCCUCAAACAUAAAAGUUGAGGCCUUGAAGAUUAACCCAUGAUUUUAUAUAUAACAAAUGGACAUUGAAACCCA